GCCAUUUUGUCCAGUUGCUGUGUGGCGGUCGGAUCGUGUGGUUAUGGCGGCGGAGAGCGCGGCAGUGGCGCAGGCGGCGGUUGCCGCCGACGAGGAGCUGCGCAAGAUCACCGACCUGCGGGUGGUGGAUCUGAAAGCCGAGCUCAAGAAGAGAAAUCUCGACACGAGCGGCAACAAGAGCGUGCUGGUGGAUCGACUCCGGAAGGCAAUAGAAGAUGAAGGUGGGAAUCCUGAUGAAAUUCCAAUUGCAGCUGAUACUCCAGGACGGAAAGUACCAAAGCGAACAGGAAAAGGUCGAAGAGCAGAGGAUGAUGGAACCGAUGAUGGUCUGGAGGAAGAUUCUGGAGAUGGACAGGAGGAUAUUGAAGCCAGUGUUGACCAGUUACAGGACAUUUCAGCAUUAGAUGUUAAUUUUGGGCCUGAGACUGACAUCGAAGGUGCAAUGGCAGGGUGCGCUGAUGAAAAUGAGAUUGAACAAAUCACAGCAUCUUUAACCGAAAAUAUUGAACACGUAGGACUACCUGUAGAUAUCACUAUGCAGCUGCCUUUGGAGAUGGGUGCAGAAGAACCACUGGAGUCACCUCUGAUUCUAAGCACGGAUCUACCAGCUGAAAUUGUGGAUGAACCAAAGGAGAUGAUGGACUCUGAGAUGCCUUGCAGUGCAGAAGAGGAGUCUCUGUCGAUUAAAGAAGAUACUGAAGAUUUACUUGAAGAAACAGAGAAGGAGAAUGUAGCCGAGAGUUCGGGGGAAGCUUGUAGUUCAGUCCCUAUCGAGGAGGAACUCCCUGAAGAGGCUCAGCUAUCUGCACAAGAAAUGAUCGACAUAGACUCCUACCAGAAAGAAGAAGAAGAUGACAACCUUUCAGUUACAGUACAAGCAGAAGAUGCACUGACACUAGAACUCGACAAUGACUUGCUUUUGGAUGCGCCCAAGAAAGAAUCAAAACCACUGGGGACUGACUCCGAGAAACCCUCUGAUCAAGCACCCUGUGGCAAUAAAAAUGAAACUCAAAUGAACGCGACAGUAAAUUUGAGCGAAACAGAAAGCGACCAACAGAAACAAGAGUUAGAAGUGGCAGGCAUUGAGAGUGCAGAGAAAGAACAGCCAGCAACUGAGGAAAGCAAAGAUGAAACCAUGAAAACAGAAGAUGAAGGUGAUUCUAAUGAAGCAGCUAAGAAAGAAACCUCGAUUAUAGAGGGCAGUGAUCAGAACAAGAGUUCUAUCAAGGAUGGAAAAGAUACUAAACCAGCUGCAAAGGAUGAGAAAGGCCGACCUGGUAAUGCUAGUAUUACAGAUACUGCAGGGAAGAACCUUUGGGUGAGUGGUCUGUCCUCUGCAACCAGAGCAACUGACUUGAAGAACCUCUUCAGUAAAUAUGGCAAGGUAGUGGGUGCAAAGGUAGUGACAAAUGCUCGUAGUCCUGGAGCACGUUGCUAUGGAUUUGUGACCAUGUCGACCAGUGAGGAGGCGACAAAAUGUAUUGGUAAUUUGCACAGAACAGAGCUUCAUGGACGAAUGAUCUCUGUGGAAAAGGCUAAAAAUGAGCCUUCAGGUAAAAAGCCAGAUAAGAAGGAGGACUCCAAAAAGGAUCAAAAGUCAGCUUCAAGUCGAGAACUCAGUGGUGAUAGGCGCCAUUCUGCAGAGUUCAAAACUGACAAGUCUAUCAGUGGGAAAAAAGAUGAUAAAAGAGAGGAUUCUAAGAAAUUAGAUGAUAGGAAGAAAGAUUCAAAGGACGAAAAGAGAGAUGACAAAAAAGAUUCAAAGUGUGAAAGGAAGGCUGGAUCCUCACACACUGGUGGAAGCAGAUCAGGAAGUCGAGGUUCAGAGAGAAUAGUAGUUAUGGAUAAAUCUAAGGGAGAGCCAGUCAUCAGUGUGAAAACAAAAUCCAAAGAUGAAGUGACUGCGAAAAGUCAGGACAGCAAAUCGGAUAGCAAAGAAAAGGAUAAGAAAGACAUGCUCUCCUUCGAUAAGAUCAAAGAACAACGGGAACGUGAACGGCAAAGGCAGCGAGAGCGGGAGAUUCGUGAGAUAGAAAGGCGCAGAGAGCGAGAGAAAUGGGAGAGGGAGCGUAUGCGAGAGCGUGAAGAACGUGAGAUGCUCCAGCGGGAAAGGGAGCGGCUUGAAAUUGAAAGGAAGCGACUUGAGAGGGAGCGGCUAGAACGUGAAAGGCUAGAACGGGAGAGAAUCAGAAUAGAGCAGGAGAGGAGGCGAGAGCAGGAGAGAAUUAAUAGGGAGAAAGAAGAACUCCGACGUCAGCAGGAGCAAAUGCGUUAUGAGCAUGAGCGCCGUGGUGGUAUUAAAAGACCUUAUGAUGCUGAUAGACGGGAUGAUCAGUACUGGCCUGAUCAGAAACGUAUGGCCCUUGACAGUGACAGCAGGUACAGCAGUCAUGGAGCAGACUUUGGCCGUCCAGAUAGGUUCAAUGAUUUUGAUCACAGGGAUAGAGGUCGGGGAUUUCCGGAUAUGCAGGUGGACAGGCGAAUGGAUCGGUUUGACCGCAGAGAUAGUGGUCCACCGCGUCGGGAUGAAGGUCCAUUUGGAGGAAGGUUUGAUAAAAGGCUUGAAGGAUUCCAUGACAGGCGAGGUGGUAGUCGGGGCCGUGAUAUGGUCAUGAAAUCUGGUAGAGACCACGAUAGACACCUUGAUCAUGGUUCCCAUCGCAACCACAGUCCUCGACGUGAAUCUCCACGAAGAGGGCCACCUCGUGGCAACUGGAAGCCUGAUCGGAUGCCGGACAGGCGUGAUUCUGGUUCUCGUGGCGGAGUCGGUGAUAGAGAUGGCCAGCAUUAUCCUGAUGGAAGGCAUGGAGGACCAGAACGCCACAACCGUGAUUCAGGAUCACAGCGUGAGGGUUGGGGCGGAUCUGCUGGUGGCUAUGGGCCAGACAUGAAACGUGUAGGAGAUAACAGAGGAGGAAUUAUGCCUCGCCAAUCAAGAGAUGGCAGAGAUUGGAGCAAUGACCAUGGACGGAAGAUGGAAGGUCAUCCAGAGCGUUCUUGGCAGGGUAACCUUGAAGGAGGAAUGAUGGGAAGAGAUCAUGAUCGUUGGCAAGGAGGGGAUAGGGGUGUACCUGCCCAGUCUGGACAAGGCCACAUAAUGCAACGAGGAGGAAUGCCUGGGCAAGGAGGAUUUGUGCAAGGUGGGAUCCAGCAGGGGGGUGGUCAACCUAUGAGUCGCACUGUCCAAAUGAUGGCAGGUGGUGGCAUGCAAGGACCAGGCAGCUUUGGUGACCAAGACAGAGUGCAGAGAAUGUCCAGUGAUCCUCGCUUCCAGCAUCGCUACUAGCUCUUAUUUCUAUUAAUUGAUUUUAAUGUAAAGGAAAUCUUUAAUAGUGGUGCGUAGUGCUAAUCACAGUACCAUGUUCUUGUGUAUUUUUGUUUACUGCCUCUGAAACCAGAAUUGUUUUGGAAUUAAUGAUCAUUUCAUGGUUACUUUAUUGUUAAAGUACUUGUAUUGAGCCUAGACUCUGAAAGAGUCACUUCAAUUUUCCAUAAAUAAAAGUGAAAAUAUA